GCGAGUCCCUCAGUGAUGAUAAACCUACAAUGCCCUACCACACAGAUCUGUGUCUCCAAGUGCCCAGAAAGAUUUGUAACUUAUGUGGAAAUGCAAGUUAGCACCAAAAACAACCGAAGCCACUGGGCAUACUACAAACAGUUCUGCAAGACCAGUUUUGUUAUGCCUAAGAAGUCUCUCACAGAAAUUUUAUUGGAUGAGGAUUGUCCAACAGUGAUUUUUCCAAGCAGACCUUUUCUCCAGAGAUGUUUCCCUGCCUUCUCCACUGACAGCGGCACUUUGACAGUGGGAAAUAAGACAACGUUCGAGGAUGGAAGUGGAAAGACAAGAAAUGUUAUGGAACUCAGGGCAGCUGCAAAUGGUAUUAAUAGACUCCUUAAAGCAAGGUCAGUUGGAACGAAGGUGUUUGAAGACUAUUCAACGUCUUGGUUUUGGAUUCUCAUGGGCCUGAUUAUCGCCAUGGUCCUUAGUUGGGUGUUUUUGAUACUCCUGAAGUACACAGCUGGAUUUCUCUUCUGGAUCUUCAUGCUGGGUGUGCUCGGAAUUAUAGGAUAUGGAAUAUGGCACUGCUUCCGAGAAUACCAAAGACUUCAGGGAAGCUCAACUUCUGAAUUAACUAUAUACGACAUCGGGAUUCAGACUGAUCUCAGCAUCUACUUCGAACUGAAACAAACAUGGUUCACAUUUAUGAUAAUCCUCUGCAUCAUUGAAGCAAUUAUCACCAUCAUGCUGAUCUUCCUCAGGAACAGAAUCUGCCUCGCAAUUGCCCUGCUGAAGGAAGGGAGCAAAGCUAUUGGAUACAUUCCCAGUACAUUAAUUUAUCCACUUUUAACUUUCAUUUUGAUCUCAAUCUGCAUUUCCUACUGGGCCGUGACAGCAGUUUUCUUGGCUACAUCAGGGACACCUAUAUAUAAAGUCAUAACCCCUGGGGGGCAAUGUAUACAUGAAAAUAAAACCUGUGACCCAGAGAUUUUUAAUACCACUGACAUUUACAAAGCUUGCCCUGGGGCUAUGUGUAACUUUGCUUUCUAUGGUGGAAAGAGCCUGUAUCAUCAAUACAUCACCAUCUUUCAGUUAUACAAUCUAUUUGCCUUUCUCUGGCUUAUAAACUUUGUCCUUGCAUUGGGUCAGUGUACCCUUGCUGGUGCCUUUGCUGCUUAUUACUGGGCCACAAAAAAACCUGAUGACAUCCCACCAUUUCCACUCUUUACCGCAUUUGGACGAGCCAUACGAUAUCACACAGGUUCCCUAGCAUUCGGAUCUUUAAUUCUUGCAUUAAUUCAAAUGUUUAGAAUUAUCCUAGAAUACAUGGAUCACCGUCUUAAAAAUGCCCACAACAAGGUUUCUAAAUUCCUGCAAUGCUGUCUGAAAUGCUGUUUCUGGUGUUUGGAAAAAAUGGUAAAGUUUUUAAACAGAAAUGCCUAUAUCAUGAUUGCAAUAUAUGGCAAAAAUUUCUGCAAGUCAGCAAGAGAUGCUUUCAAUCUCCUGAUGAGAAAUGUUGUAAGAGUUGCAGUUAUGGAUAAAGUUACAGAAUUUGUGCUACUGCUAGGGAAAAUUCUAGUUGCUGGGAGUAUAGGUAUCCUGGCCUUCUUACUCUUCACACAAAGAAUUCCGAUGAUUUUAACAGGGCCAACGUCUUUAAAUUAUUACUGGGUACCUAUGCUGACUGUUAUUUUUGGAUCUUUCCUAAUUGCACAUGGGUUCUUCAGCGUCUAUGCAAUGUGUGUUGAUACACUUUUCAUUUGUUUCUGUGAAGAUCUGGAAAGAAAUGAUGGAUCUACAGAAAAACCCUACUUCAUAUCCCCUAGCCUGCACGGAAUUUUGAUCAAGAAACAACUAGUUUCCCGGGAGCAGAAUAAGUAGAAAAGCUCCAAACAGUGCCACUCGCUUUUAAGUAGACGUUUUGCAAACUAAGCCAAUUGCAAUUUGAAAAUGGUGCUUUGGGGUAAUGUGAAAUUUCUGUGCUUAUUUCUAAAUAGUCAGCAGCUGGUACCAUCUGAUGAGUGGGACAUUUGAUGACGGUAGCCUCUGUGAAGUAGGAUACUUUAUAGACUGUGGUCUCAGCUGAAGAGCCAAGUGUAUAUGUCAAACAUUUUUUUUUAACUCUUUAGCCGAAAGUGUUUUAAUAACUUUUAUAACUCAGUGUGCUCUUUCC